AUGAUAAACCCUACGUUCUCAAACCCAACAAUCCCUCGGGGAUCCACCGUCCUCGUCACCGGCGCUAACGGCCUCAUCGCCUCGCACGCCGUCGACCGGCUCCUCGAAGCGGGCUACCACGUCCGGGGCACCGUGCGCAACCCGUCCAAGUGCGCGUGGAUGGCGCCCCUGUUCUCCCGGCGCCACCCCUCGGCCCGCUUCGAGCUCGUCCAGGUGUCCGACUUCGGCGCGCCGGGGGCCUGGGACGCGGCUGUCAAGGGCGUCUCGGCCGUCGUCGCCGUCGCGGGCGGCGUGGGCCUCGUCGUUCCGGACGUCGACAAGGCCCUCGAGGAGGAAGCCCCCUGGAACGAGGCGCUGCUGCGCGCCGCGAAGGACGAACCUUCCGUCAAGGCCUUCAUCUACACGAGCAGCGCGUGGGCGACCUGGACCCCGGACCAGACGAAGAAGGUCACGCUGACGGAGUGGACGUGGAACGACGAGGCGGUGCGGUUCAUCCGCAGCGGCGCCAGCGCCAGCGCUACGCCCGAGGAGAGAGGCGUCCGGCCGUACAUGGCGGUGAAGGCGCUGCUCGAGCAGCGCCUCUGGGACUGGGUGAAGCGGGAGAACCCGCCGUUCACGUUCAACACGGUUCUGCCCGCCGCCGUGAUCGGCGAGUGUCUGGACCCGGAGAACCAGGGGGUCCCGAGCACGUGCGGGAUGAUGAAAGACUUGUACGAGCGGAAACAGCUGGACUUCCUCGCCAAGUUGCCGCCGCAGUGGGCUUCCGACACGCGCGACACGGGGCUGCUGUACGUCGCGGCGCUGAUCACGCCGGGCGUCGACAGGGAGAGGCUGUACCCGUGGAGCGACCGGUACAGCUGGCCGCGGGUCGCGCAGAUAUUGAAGAAGCUGUAUCCGCACAAGGAUAUCCCGGUGCUGGAGGACAACGGCUGGGAUCAGACGGAGGUGCCGAAUAAGAGGGCGGAAGAACUGCUGCGCGGCUUGGGCCAGGAGAGGUGGACUACGCUCGAAGAGAGUGUGGAGGCUUGCGCCAAGGCUUUCGUGAAGGACUGA